CAACCUAACUAAGAAGACUACCCUGACCCCAUCAUUGGGUCCUUCAAGAAACUCCAAGUUGGCAUUAAGUGCGAUAUUAAUGCUCAUUUUUAAACAUUUUAUUGGAAAACGAUACCGCCUGUAAUAAAGGAGGAGGGAGCUGGCGCCUGUGUCAUUAUGAAGUACUUGGACCCUGUUGGAUAUUUAUUUGUUACUUUCAGCUACAAUGUCACUCCGAUCGGAAAGAUCUGGCUUACGGUAAUGAUCCUACUUAGAAUGCUGAUGGCUAUUUGUGCUGGAGAUCCACUUUAUCGGGAUGAGCAGGAACGAUUUAUCUGCAACACGUUACAGCCUGGAUGUUCUAAUGUGUGCUAUGACAUUUACUCUCCGGUGUCCUACAUGAGAUACUGGCUGAUUCAGACCGUGAUGGUCUUCUUGCCGUACGCCUUGUUCAGCGUCCAUGUUUUAAACAAAGCGAUAAAACACAUGACCAAAGUAAAUGAUCGCUGCAGAAAGAGUAACUCAUACGAUGACGGUUUGAAUACGGAAAUUCCAGAUUUCUCCUUGGCUUACAUAGUACAUCUUCUUCUAAGGACCGUUCUAGAGGCCGGUUUCUGCGCAGGGCAGUAUUUUCUCUUUGGGAUUUUAGUCCCUAAAAGAUUUAGCUGUUCCGAGCCCCCGUGCACCAGCAGCGUUGACUGCUUCAUCUCGAGACCCACUGAAAAGUCACUAAUGAUGAUAUUUAUCUGGGGGACCGCUGCCAUCUCCUUGAUACUCAGUGUGGUAGACCUCAUUUAUGUAGCCAAUGGAAGAAGAAGAAGGUCAGAUAUCCAUAAAAAGGAAAUGUUACUGGAAAAUGAUUCUCUAAAAGGUGGGUUCUGUUCUAAUACCCCUCCAAACACCAAACCUCCCGAAACUCCAGAGCAAAUGAUCAUAUAUACGGAAUGUCCUUCCAAUGACCUUGAGGGAAUCAACAGACAAAUCAAAGGAGACUCACAUUCGCUGCCUUCACUCGAAGGGGAAACGGCUUCAUUUCAGACAGAAGGUUCCCAUCCGGACGUGGGAAAGUCCAACGCGAACGCAAACAGCAACAAGGCUCAUCCCUGGCAAAUUAGCAUCAAAUCUCCUGGCGGCAGCACAAUUGUAAGCGAGCAGCUUUUAGUCACCCAGAGGCAACCCCGCUGUAGGAAAGAACUCAGCGGCGAUUCUGCUAAGCAGGAUUCCGCCCAGUCUGACAAGAACACAGCGUGUAAAACCAAAAAGUCUGCAUGGGUUUAACAUUCUACCCUCGCCACCAUAAACCGGCAUCACCUUAUUAAGCAAUAUAACUCUUUUCAUUUGCAU